UCCAGAUCAAGUUUCUGAUCUUUGGGAAGCUCUUUUGCUAAAAGGGCGUUCCUUAAAUCGGAUCAAAAGGUUUUAAACUUGUUCAAAAAGGAAACGAAACUCAACCUGGUAUAACACUCAUUGUUUGAAUGUGUUUAACUGUGCACCAAUAGAAGAACGAAUAAUUGAAAUUUAUUUAAUGUUUAUGUUGCACAAUAUUUAUAUAGCCUAAUUAUACGUACGAUUAUAAGCACAGGUGGCCUAAAUUAUAGCCUACUAUACCGUAAACUAAUAAAUAAACAACUAAAUUAGUAAAACCAUUUGUAAGUAACUUUCUCUAAUAGGCCUAACUAUUAAAUUUCGUUCACAAAAAAAUGCAAAAUACAAAAUGAUGCGUGUUUCUUUCAUUUCAUGAGACGAUGAAGACAUAGCAAAUGCCUAUGCUAAUAAAAUAGGUCAUCGUUCUUCUUCUUCUUCUUAAUUGAAAGCUACAGAAGGUUUAAUUAAAAAAAAAAAAAAAAAAAAAACGGGCCUGUAUUCAGUUUAUCAUGUUCACGAGCAUUUAAUGAGCAAAGGAAGCACGGUGUCCAAAUAUUUUUUCACAACCCAUUUCUCUUCAUUUCAGACUGUCGAGACAACUUUUUUUUUUUCUUGUUUUUUGUUUUUAGUAUAGGCCUGCUAUCUAAUUUCCUAAACAUAGCGUGUGAGGAGGCUCGCCACAUAACUUUAUUCAGUCCCUAAGUUUCUGAGUACGUCCUGUGGGACGACCCAUUGUGAUAAUAAUUCUGUAGUUAAACAGGCUUGAAGCGCGACAUUAUCCAAAAAAAAAAAAAAAAAAAAAAAAAAGUUUGUGCAUAAUAACCUCUCUCGGGUUUACUACGACUUCUCAUUGGUCGCCUACACGCGCCUGCCCCGCGUGCUCUUAUUGGUCAAAGCGCCACGCGACCAGCUUGAGAAGGGGGGCUCCCCGGCGCGUGCCGCUUUUAAAACCGACGAGACGCCCUGAGACACCAGUAAAGAAAUCCUCUACACCACAGGUGUAAGAAGAGAAAUCCUCCACGGCAAAAAUCCCUUUCCCAUAUCCAUAGCCACCCACUUUCCUCCAAAAAGCACAAAACAACAAAAUGGAUGGAAUGAGCACGGAUACAAGGGAGGUUGUUGAACUCGACGUCCAGCAUCCGAGCUUGGGGCGGGGGGAGCAGCGCGAGUACCCACCAGCUUUGGCACUCAUGGCCAGCAGUGACCCACGCGCCUGGCUGGCUCCCGUGCAGGCUGGCACCUGCGCGGCACACGCCGAAUACCUGCUGCACUCGCCCGGCUCGAGCGCGGAAGGCGUGUCCUCUGCUUCCAACUUCAGGAAGAGCAGCAAGAGUCCUGUCAAAGUACGCGAGCUCUGCCGGCUUAAAGGAGCUGUGGGGGCAGAUGAGGGCAGACAGCGGGCCCCAUCCAGUAAAACGACCAACGUCGUGCAGAAACAGAGGCGAAUGGCUGCCAAUGCCCGGGAGAGGCGAAGGAUGCACGGAUUGAACCACGCGUUUGACGAGCUGCGCAGUGUCAUCCCAGCCUUCGACGACGACAAGAAGCUCUCCAAAUACGAAACGCUACAGAUGGCCCAGAUCUACAUCAACGCCCUGUCCGACUUGCUUCAGGGCCCCGGUGCUAAAGCCGACCCGCCAAACUGCGACUUGCUGCCUGCCAAGGUGUUCGAAGAGGACCGCUCUUCCAGAGGAUCGCCGAGCGUCUGUCGGAGAGGCACGGGCGCGGGUUACCCGUACCAGUACGAUGAUGGAACAUUCUCCUCUUUCAUGGAGCAAGAGCUUCAGUCGCCCUCUGGAACGAGCAAGUCCGGUUCGGAGGCCAGCAAGGACUCGCCUCGGUCGAACCGGAGCGACGGAGAGUUCUCCCCUCACUCGCACUUCAGUGACUCGGACGAAACGCACUUGGAGUUGCAGAGCGAAGACGAGCUCUCGGAACUGAAACUUCCCAAGCACCGCGCUUUUUAGAAAACACACUACUGGACUGUCCAUCAAUCGUGUCAAUCGUGUAUUUGGGCUUUGUAAUGGGUUGCUUUAUUUAUCCAUUUGUUGUAUGAUCUUUUGACAAUGAUGUUGUUGUGUCUGACGCCAAUAGAUUUAGUUGCCUUCUCGUGACAUUGACCAGACCCCUACGCCAUGUGAACUGCCGCGUGCAGCAGUGCCAUGGGCUCGAAUGUCAUGCAUAAAACUGUCUUCCGUGAAAGUUUUGACACUGUUUAUUCACACAUGAUUGUCCUGGAUACGAUUGAUUUUAAACCCUGUAAGAAUUUGCGACUUCUAAAGUUUACGUGCACUUUAAAAAACGGGCCAUAGGCUUGAGAAACGUUCUUUUGUCAUGGAACAAGAAAUUUUGUGUUUAUGUAGAAGUAAUGCCAAUUUGAUGAAUAUAUUUAAUAUAGCCAUUAGAUUUUGUACAUCCGUUCAUUUUUAAUAUUUGAUUUCAACGCAAAGUUGUGUUCUGCUUCUGUAGCUGAAGUAAGCUAUUUAUUUUCGUUUGCCUUGUCAAUUUUUUUGCGUUACAUUGGAAUUUUGCUACUCGUAUGUUUUGUUUUAUUGUAGAAAUAAAAAGGGAAAAUUAACAUGA